AUGGCAGCCUUACCUAUUUUUGAUGGAGAACUUCGAGAACGCUUCCCCAACAACUAUUCGACCAUCAUAAAAUCGCUGAAAAAGACCAAGGCCCCGAUCAAACUUGAGGGCCGCCCAAAGUAUUUUCAGUUGUCCCAUGACUACGAAAAUUGCCCAAAUUGGCCGCAUACUGGCUGGGACCGGAGCCGAUAUAACGGCGCCAAUGAGGAUGACGAUCGUGUUUAUGCCGAACCUAUAAUUUUAUCGGAUAGUUCGCGUGAAAACUCGAAUGAAGGCUCGCUGUACUACGCUUCAUCGGAGCUGAUCACUCCUCCAAAACAUCGAGGUCGUGAGUCGCCACUCGUAUCUCCGUACGCAGAAGGCCUAUGUCUGAUCGAAAGUUAUGAAAAGGAGCUCCCAAAAACCCCGAAAGAACUCGCCUACGAGAAAAACGGAAAGCGUGCCGUUACGAGGAAGUUUGCAUUCAAG